AUGGCUAUUUCCAUCCCAACCAUCCAAGAUCCUCAGCUCUGUAGAACCCAGUGGAACCCUCAAGGAUUUUACUUCUCACAGUGUUUUCUAUAUGCCCUGGGGGUCGACAACGCUGAACCUGACCCAACUUUGGCCGACCGCGAGCAGGGACACCAAGCUGUCCGCCCACUGUCCUCCAGUGACUCCGGCCACCUUCCUGUCGCACCGGGAGGGGGCUCGCCUGACAUUCGGCCCCCACCACGACCGGGAAAGAAAACCAAUGCGGCCGGACUAAACCGGGGGGACGCGCGGGCCCCAAGGCUCUCUUCUGCCGUCACUCCAAAGCCACAGGGGCGGCGGAGUCCAGGUCCCCCUCGGCGUCCACCCCGGCCAAGCCGGGGGGGCAGGAACCGGGGCCGCGGGUUUCCGCCCGGCGCGGCCGAGCCCGCCAGGGGCCUAGCACGGAGCCCGGGGACCCGCGCCCGCCUUCCCCGCGCCGCCGCCGCCUCAGCCCGGCCCGCGGAGCCUCUUGGGGUGCCCGCCCGCACCUGCCCUGCGCCCCGCGGCACCCGGACGACGCGGCUUCACCCACCUGGCGGCCCCGCUGCGCCUCCCGCACGUCACGGCGCGACUCGGCGCUUCCUCAGCGCGGGCCCAGCGGGCGCCGGGAGACCCUGCUCUGCGCCGCCGCGGCCGCCGCCGCCGCCGCCACCGGGAGGUCGUCAGGCCGCCGGCUGCGAACCUGUUGCGCAGCCUGUCACGGCCGCUCGGCUGCCGGCGCCGCCUCAGUCCCACAACAACAUGGCGGCCGCGGCCUCCGCAGGAAGCCGAGGGUGGGUGGGGGGGGAGGGAGCUGACUGCCCGCCCGUCCGUCAGUCCGGCCGUCCGCCCGGCAGGCCUUCUGUGGGCGCCAACUCUCCACCCUCCGGAACCCGACUCUGCCCCGCUCGUCUCCUCAGCCCCUGGUCCGCAGCGCCCCUUCUCCCGGGAAACCCGAGCCCGGCAGCCCUUCCUGGAGCUGCGACGACCCACCUGGCUCCUCCUCCCGAGGUGACCAGCUGA